AAGUCUCAGUGUUGCAUCGUCAGUCCAGCAUUUGAUUUAGUUUAAUAAACAACAUCAAUAGCAACAGAAAGUCAAACUAAAAGCACUCAAAAAAUAUAUAUACAGAACUUUCCAUCCUUCUAUCCCCACUAUUCAUUCACUUUAAUUUUUUCACAUAACCAAAAACAAACAAAUCCAGUGUAAAAAUCACUUAAAUCACUCAUACGCACCGUUGCACGGCAAAUAAAAAAAAAAACGAAUAAAGGAUAACAACGAGCAAAAAGUGUUUGUGUGCAGUAAAGGAUUAAAAGCAACAACAAUCGUUCGUGAUUCUCGAUUGAAAGAGCGUGUUUAUCGUUUCGUGUGUGUGUGUGUGCAUUGUGUACUAGCCAUGAAAGCCUUCAUCUUAUUAUCCUGUGUAGCGCUGGCCGCAGCUAGGCCAGAAGCUGGUUAUGCUUAUAACAGGCCUGGCGGUGGUGGCGGCGCUGGCGGUGGAUUUGGAGGCGGCUCCGGUGGUUUCGGCGGUGGUGGCGGCGGCCUAGGUGGCGGACUUGGCGGUGGUCUUGGUGGUGGCGGUGGACUUGGAGGUGGCGGUGGAUUUGGUGGCGGCUCCGGCGGUGGUGGUGGUGGUUUUGGCGGCGGCGGUUUUGGUGGCGGCUCUGGCGGUGGUGGUGGCGGAUUCGGUGGAGGCGGCCUUGGCGGUUUCGGAGGCGGUGGUGGCGGCGGCGGUGGUGGUGGCACCACUUUGGUACAAAAACACAUUUACGUACAUGUUCCACCACCAGAGCAGGAGGAAGUGCGUCCACGUCCCAACAUUCCAAUUGGCCAGUCACAGAAACACUACAAGAUCAUCUUCAUUAAGGCACCAUCUCCACCCAGUUACCAGGCACCAGUCAUACCACUCCAACCACAAAACGAAGAAAAGACACUCGUCUAUGUGUUGGUUAAGAAACCAGAAGAUCAACAGGAUAUUGUCAUACCCACGCCAGCGCCCACACAACCCUCCAAGCCCGAGGUCUACUUCAUCAAGUACAAGACCCAAAAGGAAGGCGGCGGCGGCGGUGGCGGCGGUGGUGGCGGUCUUGGUGGAAUUGGUCUUGGAGGCGGCGGCGGCGGUCUUGGUGGUGGACUUGGCGGAGGACUGGGUGGUGGACUUGGCGGUGGUUUGGGUGGUGGAAUCGGCGGUGGCGGUCUUGGCGGCGGUAUUGGUGGCGGUGAUGGCGGCUACUCCGGCGGUGGCGGCGGCGGUGGUGGCGGUGAUAUCUCUGCACCAUCUUCCAACUACGGACCACCCGGUAAAUCAGGACCAUACUAAGCGAAAGAGUGAGGUGAAAAUUGGCGUGCAGCAAAAAAGCAAAGUGGUGUAAGAAAUCGCUCGAAAUGAAGGAAAGUAAAAGUAAAUAUUGCGUCAAAAUUCGCGUACAAUUCGUCACGAAAUGGUGCUGGAGAAGAUACACAAGCACGCAAUGAAAUUAGCUUGAGCUGCCGGCUAGUCUUGUUAAGUCAUAACAUAUGACUUACCAUAUGUUAUGUUAUGAUUUGUUAUUAUUAUUUUUUUUACACACUUUUGGUUUCAAUAGUGAAAUUCUACUUGACACAUAGACAACUUGAUGACCGACGAGACCAAUGUAUAAGCUAAACAAAGAAACGGAAAUUUAAACAAAAUGAAAAUUACAAAAAAAAAAAAAAAAAAAAAUAUGCCGAAAAUUGCUGUGAAUAAGACGACAGGACAGCGUCUAAACUGUCUGAAAUAAAAGAGACCAGGAUUUUGACACAGUCAGCACAAUAGCAGUUAUUCAAUACCAACGAGAAAUAGGGCCAGCUCCAAGCUGCGCUCAAACCCAUCUCUGUUAUGUGCGCGAAAUGCCAAAUAUCUAACGGUCAACCGACACCUUGCCCAUCAUCCACAUAACCAAGCAGCCAUGAUGUCAUACUCAUAUCUACGCUCGAUAAUCUACCGUUCUACAUAUCUCCAACCCACGCAAGUCACUCAUCCACUCACUCACAGACUCUCUCUCUGUGCCUCUAUCUCUCUCUCUCUCUCUCUCUCAAAAACGCGCCGUACUCUAUACAUUAGUGCUAGUAUCUUGUUCUAUAAGAAUAUCACUAAUUGUGCGUGUUAUCUUUUGUAUAUAAGCCAUUUUCCCUGUAUAUCUCUACAAAUGUGUAUUGAUCUUUUUGUUGUAAAUGCGAAUAUAUUAUAUUAUAUAUAAAAUUAAAAUUAAAAUAAUAAAUAAUUUGCUAGUUUUAAGUGCGAUGCGUUGAUUAAGAUAAAUAAUAACCCUCAUUAGACCCACUUAAAGCGCUGUCAAUAUAUAUAUAGACACUUGUACUUAUGUAUGUAUGUCAUAUAUAAAGAUAUAUAUGAUAAUAUUGACAGCCGCAAGCCCAUAAUAAUUAUUAUUAACUUGCGAAAUAUGUAUUAAUUUUUAAGUAUUUGUAUUAUGCGCAGUAUAAAAAACAACGGUGACAAAAUUUAAAAAAAAAAA